AUGGCUGACGAUAAGGAGAUGACUGCCUCCAUUGUGGAUGGAAAUGAUGCAGUCACAGGUCACAUCAUUUCCACAACCAUUGGAGGAAAAAAUGGAGAACCCAAACAGACUGUCAGUUACAUGGCAGAGCGUGUUGUGGGGACUGGAUCAUUUGGAAUUGUUUUUCAGGCAAAAUACCUGGAAACUGGCGAGACUGUUGCUAUAAAGAAGGUUUUGCAAGACAGAAGAUACAAGAAUCGUGAACUGCAGUUGAUGCGCACGAUGGAUCAUCCCAACGUGGUGUCUCUGAAGCAUUGUUUCUUUUCAACCACAAGCAAUAAUGAGCUUUUUCUCAAUUUAGUCAUGGAGUAUGUCCCAGAGACGAUGUAUCAGGUUUUGAAGCAUUUUAACAAUGUGAACCAGAGAAUGCCACUCAUCUAUGUAAAACUUUACACAUAUCAAAUGUUCAGGGGGCUGGCGUACAUGCAUACUGUUACUGGAGUAUGCCACAGGGACUUGAAGCCUCAGAAUGUUCUGGUUGAUCCUGUCACUCACCAGGUGAAAAUCUGCGAUUUUGGAAGUGCAAAAAUGCUGGUGAAGGGUGAGGCAAAUAUAUCAUACAUUUGUUCGCGAUUUUAUCGGGCUCCAGAACUCAUAUUUGGUGCCACAGAAUAUACAACCUCAAUUGAUAUCUGGUCAGCUGGCUGCAUUCUUGCGGAACUUCUUUUAGGGCAGCCUUUGUUUCCUGGAGAAAAUGCAGUGGACCAGCUAGUAGAGAUUAUCAAGGUUCUUGGCACACCAACUAGGGAAGAAGUUCGCUGUAUGAAUCCCAACUAUAAUGAUUUUAGGUUUCCUCAAGUAAAGGCGCACCCGUGGCACAAGAUUUUCCACAAACGGAUGCCUCCUGAAGCAAUUGACCUCGCUUCACGGCUACUGCAAUACUCUCCCAGUCUUCGCUACCCGGCUCUAGAGGCAUGUGCACAUCCUUUCUUUGAUGAGCUUCGAGAACCCAAUGCUCGCCUACCAAAUGGUCACUCGUUACCACCUCUCUUCAAUUUUAAACAGGAGCUAUCUGGAGCCACUCCAGAGCUUGUUACCCGGCUGAUACCAGAGCAUGUGAGAAGGCAAAUGGGUUUACAUUUUUUGCAUCCCACGGGGACAUAA